UGCAAGUGUGCAACUACUGGCAUAAUAAUAGGAAACUCUGAACUUUUAAGCACAGGUGUCGGAUCCCCGAAAAUGAUGGAGUAGUUUUUAUUUAUUUAGAGGAGAACCCACUAGUCCAACUGUCUCGUGCCACUCUCUCUCCUUUUUUCAAACCCACUCUUCCUAAAACUAAUGCCCACCUUCAUCAACUCGUGCCCUGCUCUUCUAGUUGGUUGGUUCAGUUACUCCUAGCACAUCUGUUUCACCUUCUCCUUCAGCUCCUUCAAGUUCUGAUACCAUCACUUUUGUUAAAGAGAAUCAGAGCCGGACAUGUUUGAGUUAUUGUUUGGGUGGAGAAAAGCCUCUAAGUGUAAGAAGUUGAUCAAGCGGGUUCAGUGUCGCCUCAAAUUGCUGAAGAUUAAGAGGUAUUCAAUUGUGAGGCAGUUAAGGGAUGAUGUGGGUCAGCUCAUCAAUGGCGGAUAUGAAGAUAUUGCCUUCAACCGGGCUGAGCAGCUACUCAAAGAUGAGAGCACAAUGCAAGUGUAUGAACUGUUGGACCAUUUCUGUGAAUUCAUCAAGUUACAGCUUCCCUAUAUACGAAAACACAAGGAUAUCCCUAAUGACAUCAAUGAAGCGAUUUCAAGUCUCAUAUAUGCCUCUGCAAGACGUGGGGAUCUGCCUGAGCUUCCUGCAUUGCGGAAGCUUUUUGAAGAGCGUUACGGUCAGGGGUUUGCAAAGGCUGCGGUUGAUUUAUGCCCAGGGAAUCUUGUGAGCAACGAGAUAAAGGAGAAAUUGUCCAUUGAGUCAGUUCCUGAUGAUUUGAAGCACAGAUUACUGGAUGAAAUAGCAAGGGAUUACAGCAUGAAGCCAGAGAUUUUGACACUUGAAUACACUUCUGAAUGGAAACAACAGGUUAAUGGAAAUGGUGAACAAGAAAUACUAGAUAAAGAUGUUUCAGUUUGUUACAGAAAAACUGAAAGUAGCCAGAGAGAGAUUAAUGUUGAUUCUUCAUCAGUUAGCCAAAAUUUACAGAAUAGAUCAUGUCAGUCCUCCCCAAAUUCUGAUAUGAUCUCUACUUCAGUUAGCGGUUCUAUUGUGCAGCAGUCAUCUCCAGAUUCAGUUGUGUCUCCAGUGUAUGCCAAUUCUAAAACAGUCGAGUUCAGUUCAAAUGGAAAUCUGGGUACGGAUACAUGUCGUAGUACGUUGCAAGAACGAAAGGAAGAAGGAAAAACUGCAGCGUCUUCUUCGGAAAGUUUGCCUUGGUUGCCUGAUGAAACAAUAGUGUAUCUUGAUGACAUAGAGGAGGUCCAGUCUGCCAUAUCAAAAGAUGGAAGCUGCCAGGACAAAAGAUUAUUCAAGUUCAAGCAGGAUGUCCAGCCUAAAAAUGAAAACUUAGAUCAAAGCUACAUAGAACAACACUAUGAAUCGUUGAACACAAGUUCAAGUAUCGGGAGCUCGAGAAGGAGUAGGAGGGAAUCAGUUAAAAGACCGAAAAGGAGGUCGGUCUCCCAAGAGAACUGCAGCCUGAAGGACAUUGGUUACCUGGUUUACUAUGAGAAGCCUUGCAGGAGUUCUCCAACUGACCAACAUAGACCGCGUUAUCAAGGUAAGCUUCAAAAGAAAUCAGAGACUAAUAAAUUGUACCAUGUCAGGAAUGAAGAAAGGAAACAUUGUUGUGUGGAAUCCUGCAAAUAUCAACAUGAUCUGGAGAUCUCAUGCUGCUCACACCAUGAGUUGGAGAACUGUAGCUUGGACAAUCCACGUUAUCUUUGCCCCGGUGAUGAGAGAAAUCAAAGAGAAAAUAUACCUUGGAAGUCCAAUAGAGGGAUCACAAGUACUAGUGUUCUUGAACAGGAAUGUGAAUUUGUUUCAGAAACAGAGAAGAAGAAAACAGAAUGGACAGCACUGCCUCAGAAACCGAAAAGAAGAAGCUGCGAAUUCGUUUCUUCAACAUAUGGUAUUUUCACCUAUGCAGAUGGCCAGCCUAAGCAGUGUGAGAAAACAAAAUGGGAGGAGGAAGGAUUCAAUUCUCCAGGCAGCCAGGCUUCAUGUAAUCGCUCCUGUCCAAAAGCAGCUAGUUCUUCAACAGAUGAAAGAAGAUUUCCUCCAUAUUUGAGAGCGGCGACAAUGCCCCAAGAAAGGCCAAAAGAUGGUGUAGUUGACAACAUUAUCCGAUCCCAGUCAUUCCCAGUUCAAUACCCCAACCAUGUCCAUCCAAAGUUGCCGGACUAUGAUGAUCUAGCAGAUAAAUUCAUGGCUCUCAAGAAUGAGCAUCAGAAGAAAAAACACCAUUGAAGCUUGGUAUGGUACAAUGUGCCGCUGUGGACUAGUUCAUUCAUACAUCUGUGUAUAGUGAACUGGUUUUGAGACCAUUCUGUGUCUUUAUUUAGGAAAACUAGAAUAAUUUGUUCAAAUCUUAGUGCAAGAAGCAUCUGAUUUUUUCGACUGUGA